AGGGGCUUCCUUAUAUCGAUUAAACAUCUUGGUUAAACAUCUUUGGCGCAGCAUGGUAACACUGCAACUGAACAUAUAAAACGAGGACUGAUCCAUUUAGAAUAAACAGCGCGACGAGGUCCCGCAUAGACUGAAAAGCAGUUAGCUUACGGUUCAACACAAAUCCUUACCAACGACGCGGUCUUGUACCCGCAGCCUAAAUUGCCGCGAUGCCGUGCUGGUAUUACGACAAAAAGGAGCUGCGGGAGACGCCCUCGAUCUUAGACGGAAUAAGUUUCGAUACGGAGCGCCGGUACCGAAAAGAGGGUGCUCGAUUUAUCAUGGAAUGUGGCACCAAGAUGGGCUUGGGCCACAACACGAUGGCCACCGGUGUUGUAUAUUUUCACCGAUUUUACAUGUUUCAUUCGUUCCGGAGCUUCCCCCGAUACGUGACUGCGUGCUGCUGCCUGUUCUUUGCUGGCAAGGUGGAGGAGACGCCUAAGAAGUGUCGCGACAUUAUUAAAACUGCUCGUGGCAUCCUUACCGACAACUACUUCUACUCGUUUGGCGACGACCCUAAAGAGGAGGUGAUGACGCUUGAGCGCAUUCUGCUGCAGACCAUCAAAUUCGAUUUGCAGGUAGAGCAUCCAUACACCUUUCUUCUAAAAUACGCUAAGUGUUUCAAAGGCGACCAGCAGAAGCUGCAGAAGAUGGUUCAAAUGGCGUGGAACUUUGUCAACGACUCUCUCAGCACCGUAGUCUGUCUACAGUGGGAGCCGGAGAUUAUCGCCGUGGCUCUUAUCCAUUUGGCCAGCAAGCUAAGCAAAUUCACUGUGCAAGACUGGGAAGGCCGCCAGCCACAGCACCAGCGUUGGUGGGACAUGUUUGUGUCUGAUGUGACAAUGGAAAUACUCGAGGACAUCUGCCACCAAGUUCUAGACCUAUACCAAUCAACUCAAAAAGAAGCGCACCAGCCGAGCAGUCCGCCCCAAAAACCGCCAAGCAGGGCCGACAGUCCAAAAGCCGUCAAGCUUUCCAAUUCGACAGGUAUUGGUCCACCUUCCGUUCCACAACAGCCGCCGUCCCCAGCAUGUGGCAACGGGGGGGUACUGGAAGUUAGCAACAUUCAGAGCAUUAAGUCCAUAGCCAGUGGCGUGCCAAUCAUAGGUUCUAGCGACUCCCAGAAUAUGUUACAGGGCCCAACUCCUCCUGGCCAGCCUCCCGGCUACCACCUUUAUCAUGCACCGCCACCGCCGCCCCCGCCGGUUGUGCCUAUGGCGACCUACCCCUCUUCCGGAUGGGGAGUUCAGCAGACAGUGGCCGGACACUAUAGCGGAAGUGCUGCACCACCACCGCCAAUGCCGCCCAGCCUGCCACCAGGAAGCAGUGGCUACUACAGCACAGGCGUGCGUCCAUCGCAGCAGCGGUACCAGUAGAGAUGCAUGAUGGAUGCAAUGACGAAUAAAUAAGUAAAGAAUAAUUUUUAUAUUAGUACUAACAGACCGUUCGGAGUAGGAUGUAGAGGUGAGAUCUGUGUUUGGAAUUUUUUUUUUACUAGACUCUAUACUCAAUUUUGUUCGAGACUGUAGCGUAACAUUCUCGAUUGCUUUUCUCUGAUUUCUAUUCCUUGUGCAGAGUUGCUUACCCUUACCCUUUUAUAUGUACAUUAUUGAACUGAAACUGAAAAAAAACUGAAUAAAACCAAUUUAAUUAAAAACAAA